AUGCAGAAACGAAGAGGAUUCAAGCCAGAUAUCCAGGAUGAGGACACUCUGCGACCAGAAGAUAUCUUGGACGAACAGGCUCAAGAAACAGUCAUUGAAAAGUUUAAGGAGGAAGAUGACCAACGAAACUACAUAUUCAAGGCCAAUUCCUUUGCUCAAUGCGUUUUAGAUUAUGUUUACUCUGCUUGCUUGGUCAUUUACAGCAGUGUAGGUCCCAUAUUGCAGUAUCUAGUCAUCUCGAUCAACACAUACAAUUAUGUCCAGUUGCUAAUGAGCGUUUGCAUAUCUAGAUACAUGGUAUUUGCAUUCAACAAGGCAAAUCCAGACAGCCCAACAUUUGCUACAGAAUCCUACUUUGAAUCUGAAAUUAUAUUCCCACGGAUGUAUCAAUCCUGCAUAUGGGUAUCAUUGAUGGUCACACUUUUAUCACCAGUGUUUCUUUAUGCACCGUCAACUUUUAAUCCAGGAGUGAUUCCCACAAGGGAUCAGCCUGUAUCUAUGUGGACCGUGGCGUUUUACAUUCAUCUCAUGGUGUCCAUUAUCCCUUUGGCAGCAAUGGUAAGCCUGCAUGGCCCCCACGUGAAAGUGAUCAUGACCCAGGCAGAAUACGUUUUGUGGGGAUUACCAGUCAUCAACGUUUUGGUGAUGGGAUAUAUUGCAAGGGAAAUGGUUCGUGUGCAUUCAGAGAUUGACGAGUUGAAUGACAAGAAAUAUGUUCUCAAGGGUGCUUGA